AUGGUCGGCGAUGAUGAAGCAGCAAUGCGCAAGAGUCUGGCAGUGCUACACGGCGGGGACCACCACGGCAGCGUGCGCAGCAGCACACUUCUUCCCGACCUAUUUCAACACUAUCCCGAGUUGCUUGCCGUCCGCGAUUUUUUUCUGUUUGAGGUGUUGUUCUCACAGGGAAUCUCACUCAGCACGGAGCUUACGCACGUCAUGGAAGGUCUGCAUUUCCAAAUUACGGGCGAGACAGGCGUGGUUCAGCCACUUUACGCGAGCGGGAUUGUUACAACCCCAUCUGGUGGCCGCGUUGCAGCAGCCAAAAGCGGGGGGGUGUUUGAGUUUGUCCUAACCGAAGAGCCGGAGGUGGAAUUGGUAGAGCAGUGGACCGCUUAUAAUGUUCGUGCAGCCGACAGCGCCAGUGAUGACGAGGAUGAAGCCGGCAGCGGAUCGGAUUCUUCUGGAAGCAGGUCGCGCAGUGCUGCGGGGGCCAUUCAAGACUUGGCUGGUGUUGUGUCGCCGAUGUCCAGACUGGGUGUGAGCAUGAUAGAUGACGCGGACCGAGUUAAACAGCUCACGGAAAAGUAUGAGAAGACAGUUUUCGCUCUCCUCGGGGCGCUGCACAAGGCGCAAUCCAGAACGGGCAGGUUUGAAUCCUGGAAAAUUGACGAAGCGGAGCAGCGCUACUAUGGCAAAGCCGCCGUGCGCAUCCAAAAUGAUUUGAUGGAGCGGGUGUUUCAGCUCUGUUACAACUCCAUAAUGGUCGCAAACCUCGACGAGAUCAGCAAAGGGCCGCAAGACGAGGAGCAACGAUCCGAGACACGGCUUCUUAUGGAAGAAUGGCUCACCGAGCGCUUGAGAUUCGUAAUCAAGUUGUUUGAGCCAUUGCCAGCAUCCGGUGGGAAGGCCUUGUUGCAGCUCGACAAAGCGGAUCUGGUCGAAGUUUAUCCUCGGAUAUUUCGGGAUGUACUGCGGCACUACGUCGUCCAAGGCUUCGAGAACCUGCUGGAUAGCCAGCCAGACCUUACGAGCGCAUGGAAGAAGCAGGGGGACGUUACGAGGCAGAGAAACUCGUAUCUGCGUGCUGUGAAGAAAGUCUGGCAGGAGAAGAUCAAGCCUGCGUUUGACCGGCUCGACGUCUGGCAGGCAGUGGAGGAGAAGGUCUUGCCUAAGUACCCGACGACGAGGGAAGAAGCAUUACGUGGCCAGGACGUGGUGCCCAGCCAAGCAGGGCAGCAUUUGUUUAACCUGCGCAAACCGCUGCGCGAGUGGUACGAAAUGAGCACGAAGUCGCGAAACAAUGGGGGCUACGAGUUCCUGCAGCCUGUUAGUGCCGUUAACCUGGGACAUAGCGAGCGCGGCAUCAUAGGUAUGGACUGUGUUUUUCCUGGCUGGGCGGAGCAAAGUCUGCUGCCUGCGCUAAGAGGGUACGCGGAAAGCUUCGUCCUCCCGUACGUGACAGCGCUGCGGCACGUCAAGCCCGGCGUGAUGAAUGCCGACCACGAGGGCGGGUGGUACCUUUUGGGCCGACACGUGCAACCUGCGGCGGUCAUGGUCGCGCACGGCCUAGGUCCUGACUGGUAUAAGAUCGACGGCGAAGUUCUCCCGAACGUGGUCACGUUCCGCGUAUCUUGGUAUGUCCUCCUUGUCGAGGAAGCACUGUAUGGAGCUUUCAUGAAAACCAGGAACGCUGUUGAGUUUCCCGCUUCUGAGGUUGCCCUGUUCCAGCAACUGUAUUUUUCCUACGUUAUGCGGGCCAUGUACCUCGUCGAAAGGACGUGGGCACAGCAAGAUGCUGUGGAAGGGGCCGGCAGUCGCGGCCGCGGCGCGUCCUCCACUUCUACUUCUACCCCCGAAGUCAGCUUGGCGCGCGUCUUCGGUCACGCGGCGCGCCUGCGCCGCGCGCUGGUGUUCUCUUUUUCUGAGGGAGUUCCGGCGGACUUCCAGGCCGGGCCGCUAUUCAGUGCAAAUGUGUAGUCUACUGGGUCCUCUGAGGGAUUGCAAGACCAUCUGCCAUGCAGGAAGCUUCAAAUGGGCGCCGCUGUGAAGCCCAGGAAUGCGAGCCGUAGUAUGUAUGAUCACAGGUUUUGAUGUUGAGAAGACUCCGCAACCCCAUGUUCGGGUUGUUCGCAAAGGAGGUGGUUUUAUAAUUCUCUGCUCACGCAGACGCUAUAUUUUUUGUGACGCCCAGGCCCAGAAGACUAAUAGCAUGACAACCUCGCGCGCGGACUCUUCCACGCCCAGUAGAGAUAUAUUUGCAAUGCAUAGCCGCCCGCAUCGGCCCAAUCAAUGGAAGGCAGCCGGACCACCGGGAGCGACCUUGUGGGCGAUGGCUCGCGCGAUGUUUUUUUGCAGGACGAAGAAAGUUCGGGGAAGGCAGGAAUGCUCGCGACGCUUUCUUACUACAUGGAGGGGGCAGGAACUACGCGCGGGGGCGGGCCGACAAGUCCGCAGCAUUUUCAGAAUGCCCUCACAGUGUGGAACUCACUCCAGAGGCGGCGUGAAGAUGGAAAGGUCCAAGUUACCCUCACGCCUCAAGCCCUCGAAGCGUUAGGAUCUACUUAUGUGCAUGAUUCCAGUGACCACCUCCCGGGAGACCACGAGCAUGGAAAUGACAUGAACAUCGAAAGGAUGGGAUUCGCCUUGCAGAUGUCCGCUGCUGAAGCGGAGGCUGCCGCUGCGGACUUUGUCGCGAUCUAUCAGAAGUGGUCGGAGCUGUAUUUGGUGGCCCUGCUGGGGGUGGGUGGCCCCUCGCCCGAUGUUCCGAUGCACCGGGGCGAGUUCGGGCUAGUCUUCUGGAGGUUUCUCACAAAAGUGGUGAGCGACAAGCUGCAGCAAUCAAGGUCACCCGUGGCCGACGAGUUACGACGAGCGCUCAAAAAUGCCAGGGAGAUAAAGGCGACCCUGCAGGAGUGGCAGGAGAACCAACAAGGGACCUCCACGUUCGUGGCGCGCUUCCGCGAUGACCGGCCCUUCCUGUAUGGUGUAACGGAUAGCGCCGUGGCUCUGAGAGACGGCCUCCUGAAAUUCAUAGAUGAGGUAUUCUCGUACUUCUCGGGCGGAACAAAUAAACCCCUCUGGCCGGAUGCGUCCACGGUUUCAGAUUUGGUGUGGUUCGAUGAAGAUUAUCCCGAGCAAAAAGCCUACCUCUUGGAAGUGAUCGAGAGGCAUACAGCAAGCCAAGUAAAAAAAAACGCGAAGCAAGGGCGGAAAACCCGUGCAAAAAAGAGAAGAAGGCGGCCGGCAGCCAAGCAACAAAAGAAGAAGACAGGCGGACGGAACGGCGGAAAUGGAAGGCGGUGAUGAAGGUAGCAGUGUAUGUUUGGGAAGGAAGAACGAAAGGAAGCACGGAAAAGCCUCGCUGUUGUAAUAUGCUGUACUCCGCCUGCAGCAGCUGCGUGCUUAUACAAUAUUUUGUCUUUACAAGAAUUUGAACAUACUUGCUACAUGCGAUUUUACUUAAGCUGACGCAAAUUUUGUGUAUGUUCGAACCUUUCGUGUGUUUAGCUUAGCAUCGGCCCGUGCGUAGAAUUGCAAGCUAGCAAGCGUCUGUGCAUCUGAACGCCAAAAAUCGACUUUUACCUUUACGAAGAAGUAAAAUACUUCUCCUGAAGGCGCAGGCCUAUCAGCGCACUAGUAGUUUUAAGCAGAGACUCUAGUAUAGCCUUUGCGCACCGUCGAAAGAACUCGGCCGCCAGCGCAAGGAGAAGCAGACUCUUGCAGGCGCUGCCCGAAAAAAGUGGCUUCGUCUUCUGCAAAAUUUCAGCUUCGGAGCAGAAGACACGCAAAGACAAACUUGCACUGUAGUGUGCGAUCAGUUUUUUUGAAAGGUUUUCUGUGAAAGGUUUUUGUGAAAGGUUUUUUUUUUGGUAGGUUUGGUAGGUGUAAGCUCAACAAAAAAUAAAGCUGAAGAGGUGUUUCAGUUACCUUGCUUUAAGUAGGAAAGGUUCCCCAGGAUUCCCUCCGGUUCUGUUGUCUGCUGAAGAAAGGAAGAAAUCUUGAACAAAACGCGAACUACACUUCUCAUUUCAUGGCCGAUCCUGGAGCUGCGAGUGCGUGGCUUCAGUUUCGAGUCCGAGUUCGGAGGCAGAUAGACGCCCUUCGCUCUUAGAGAUGGUCUUAGAGUAGCUUUCAUGUCCAUUUCGUUUUUUCACCCGAUCAUGCGAUGCUUCAUCCAACAAUCAAAAUAAUGUCAGACCGAGGAAGGGUGGCACGGGGCUUCGGUCACGUGUUGCCCUUCCUCACGCCAACCCGGGAAGAGGACAACCGCAGGGGCUGCUGAUGUUCAGCCACGAAAACCUGCACUGGGCGAAGUUGUGCCUGCUGCUGCCGCAGCAGGCUGGAAGCACGUACGUAGAUACGCGCCUCAGUACGUCUGAAAUACCGAAGAAAACCUAGUUUACCGCCUGUUCACAGGCACCCUCGAUCACACUAACUAACACGUACUGAGGCUAGGCUCGACCGGGUGAGUAGGUAUGCCUUUGCAGGCUUAGAAACCGCCCAAGAUCUCCCAUAUCGCCCCCUGUAGAUCUAAAAUUUUGUAUACAACGAGGCGAAGACCAUGGAUUACGGUGGAGACCCACGGCACUAGAGUAUCUAUGUAUGACCCGGCGCGUGCAAGAGUUGAUCAGAAGCAGGGGUAGUAGUGUAGUUUUUGCUGUUCAGUAGCUGAAGGGACCAUACAAACAGUAAUAAGAGUCUAACAGAACCACAGACGCCGUGGUACGAGAACAAAGAAAGAGAUCGGCCCUGUAAAUCCAAAAAAAAAAAUGUGUCUUUCCAUAAGUUCCAACUCUGCAGCGCGGGAUUCAGGCAUGCCCUAAAGUUAACAAGUGUAAUCAGCACGGGUUUGGGGUUUUUACUUACAUAGUGGCGUCGGUAGAAGAAAAAAAUAAUUUACAGAUCAUUUUUGUAAGCAACUUGUAUAUAGCUCAGGGUUUAGGGCAAAGGCGUGUUCUCACGUCAGAGAGGCGACCACACUGCUCCUUCCUAGUCGUGUGCCAGGCUGCGAACAGAUGUAAACCCGCUCCUGUCUAUCGAGGGAUUGAGUAAGAGGCAACGCCAAUCACCACCUAUCUAAAGCUAAAAAGCUCGAUCAUUCCAAGUCCAAGUCCACUAUCUCUAUAACAACAACACCCUUUAGAAAGUUCGAUGCCCUCUACUACACUCUAGUGCUUGCGUCGUGUCUCCCUCCGAGUCCGAAAGUCGUUAAGGCGUUUGUCACGCCUCGAUGAUGUAGUCGAGGCAAGUUGCUAAUUCAUCUGAUGUUUGCCUUCAUUGAACGCAACAAAAGCAAAACGAAGUACUCAGCUAAGGUCCGAAAGAUUCUGCGCAGAUGACUACACGAAGAAGCGAGCUAUUUGGACGAUCGGAAUCCGAACGCCAAGAAAUUGAAACUCACUACAACGACGGUCGAGCUUCUUAAUGAUGACUUGCUUCGCGCCAAAUGGAAAGCGCAUAACAUUUAUAUACUAAUGCGUACAGGUCGUGACAGGAGGAAUAACCAGCAGCAAUUACAAAAGCG